ACGAGAAUCUCCAUAUAAUACCCAACCCAGCCCUGCCUUGUCUUGGCUAUUUCUAAUUCCCCAGAUUUACGCUGCCGUAUACAACCUAAUUGUCAAUAUAAACUUCUUCUAUUCCUAACUGCCAAGAAUCCUACCUGAAACUGCUACACUUAUUUCUUAAAAUUAUAUCACCGUAUAACCUAGUAACAAGCUCACGAUGGAAACUGUAAACAACAUGGCGUCUGCGGCCGCUAAGGCUGUAUGGGGUGAAAGCAAACAAAACGGCCAAGAGCCUAUCUCAGGCCAGACUGGUGACACAUCUAAGGGUGAACCAUAUGAUGCCGGCAACAUUGAAGACCCCAAGAAGCAAGCCGCCAAAGCAGAAACCAACGGCGAGACCAACAGAACAACAGAACACACCGACAGCGCUCAAUUUGCCAAGAAUACUGGCACCGCAGCUGAAUCAGAAGAAACACCAGACAACCCAUCAACAGACCUAAAGUCAAAGAGUACACCAAAGGACUCUUCUAAGGCGCAGAACGAUGUACGAGACCCGGAGGAUCCGAAGACGAACCCCAAGUCUGCACCAACAGAUGUCAACGACGCUGAAGAUGGUCCCAAUGAAGCUCAGAAGUUAGAUGGACCGGGACCUAAGCCUAUUGAUGAGGUCGCACGUGAGCAUGGUGGUGAUGCUGGUAAGACCAGCGAAGGUGGAUCCUCCGAGAACAAGGACGAAGGCGCCGCGGACGAGGAAGAUGAAGAUGGACCUGAUGCAAAGAGCAAGGGUGAGGGUACUGGCGAACAAUAUGUGAAGAGUAGUGGUCUACAAGCCGACGGUGGAGAUUUUGAUGCCACGAAACCUGGUGCGGGACGAGAGGCUGAUCGCCUACUAGAAGAGAAAGGCAUCCACCCUGGCGCCAAUGGCCCUAGCACCGGCGCCGACGCCGAGGAAGACGAAUCAGGUCAUGGAGGGGAUAAGAAGGAUAAGGAAAAGAAGAGCAUCGGCCAGAAGAUUAAGGACAAGUUGCACCGACACUAAGUGCAUCUAACUCUAUUCUUCACAUCCUAAUUUAGUAUGUUCUAUGUAUCAUGAUGACGAUCCACGAUUCCCCCUUUAUCUCGAGAGCUGCGAGGCUUCUCGGCUUGUUUGAUUAACACUCUCCGCGACAUUUGACUAGAGAGCAGGAGUGGUUGUUCGGGUUUUCUGAAAAGGCUAGCUAGCUGUAUUCCUGUUAGUAUAGUUGUGUAAUAUGACAAUUUGCCUAUG